CGUUACGAGGAAACCAACGUUAAACAGAGAAGCCAUCUUUGCCAAUCUGUCCCUUCUUCUAUUUAUUCCAUUAGAGUUGCAAGAACUCACAAAUUAAAGAGAUCCGUAGAUUUUAACUUCAUUACCCCCAAAAAAAAACCUGAGCAGGAACCGAAGAAAAGGACCAUUUUUUUAAAACCCUUUUCUUCUUCCUUCUCUUUCCCAGUUCCCACCAUAACCUUUUUCUUCUUUUUUUUCUUUGCAUCCAAGGAAACACCUUCAACCCAUUUUGUCUUCUUCUUUUUAGGGUUUUUUUUAAAUAGACUUUUGUUUCAAAUUGUUUGACGAUGGGAACUGAAGUUAUCCGGCCUCAAAAUAUUUUGGUUGACCGGAUGAGAGAUCCUCCGGCAACAAUAUUUAAUCCUCGGAGGAAUCAUUUUCACCGGAAACCACCUCUCCGACCUGACCAAAGGAGACGAUUUGGCUCCGAUGAGUUUAGAACGACGGCCAAGAACUUUGCUAGGAGAAGAGGAGAGUCUUUUGAUUCAUUUUCAAACAUCAAGGUACGGAAGAGUUCACCGGAGGUCUCUGCCGACGAUAUUUACGCCGGAUCAUCUAUGUUUGUUUUGUCUCCAGCGCCGAGCUCGUUACCUUUUCCGUCGUUCUCUAGGAGGAAUGAGAAAUUAAACCAGGUUCUUUCAGUGGAUGACUCGGCGUCUCAAAAUCUCCGGCGACUUCUCCGGCUGGAGUUUUGAGGAUAUGGAUGAACGGAAAACUCGCCGGAAUCGUCAGCUAUUUAACAGUUUAUCUGUAAAAUAUAAGUUAUCGGAAUCGACAACGUUACUGUUUUAUGAAUCUCAUCCUUCCUUUUUGAAAAUUUAUGUUUUAUGAAGGGUGGGUAUGAAAAAGAUAGUUAUAAAAAAGUACGGGGUCAUAUUUAGAAACAAAUGUUAAAUAUUUAGCUGACUUUUUCAGUUCUUUGUGUAAUGUGGAGAUUUAUUAAAUAUGAGAAACUCUUUGGGGUCUAAAUGUUAAUUAAU